UGCCCCUGGCCUCCCUCGGGGCGAUGCCAGCACCAGUGUCUGUGCCUCCUUCCAGGGCCGGAUGUUCGGGCUCUGGAGAACCUCCAACAGCGUGCUUCGACUUCACCUGGCCGUCGGCCUCGGAGGGCUGGUGGGGAGCGGGCUUGUCCUCUGACACCUCGGCUUCCGCGUCGGGAAGGGCCCCCUCUCAGUCUACGUCCUCCGCCCGGCCGCCGCGGACAGCCUGUUCCUCUGCUGCCAGCUGGACUUCUCCGCCGUCCAGGCCGCCCUGGGCUCCCGGGACAACCUGCCCUUCGCGGGCUUCUCCGUGGGGCUGGGGCUGCGUGGCCUCGGCACCGAGCGCAGCUGCCUGUCCCGCGUCUUCCCCACCUGCUGCCCCGGCUGCCGGCCCAGACACACCUCGGGCCUCGUCUGCGGCCUCGUCUGGGCCCUGAGCCCGCCGGCCAUGCUGCGGCCCGCCAACGCCUGCGGCCCGCUGCGGCCCGCCCAGACCCUGACCUGCGCGCGGUACCACGCGGCCAGCGUCGCGCGGCUGCUGUCCCCGGCCUGCGCGGCCUGCGCGGGGAGCCCGGCGCCCUUCCUCUGGGUGAACUGCCGCUCCCAGCGCCCGCGGCCCAAGCUGUGGGGCAUUGCUCCCGGCUCCGGGCUCCUGCUCCUCUUUUGCGGCCUCCCGCUGGUCUUCUGGAGCCUGUGGCCCCUCCUCAACCUCCUGCGGCCCCUGUUCGGCCCGCUGGCCACCCUCCCGCGAUGCAAGCCCUUCAUCUGCUUCACAGCAGGCCAGCAGCCGGGCAAACGCCAGCCGCUGUGGGUGGUUCUGCAGAGGUCCCUGAGGGAGGAGACCGCACGGGGGCCAGGGGCCAGUCUCUGCCUCAAUAUAAGGCCUCAAUAUAGGGGUGGCCCCAGCCCCGGCCAGACCCUUCCCGGGUGACCACCCCCCCACACCCCAGCUCCCCGGUCAGGGACCCAAGGGCUGAGGACAGAGUGAGGGCCAUGGUCCUGACCCCUGUUGCCCAGCGGGGCCUGUAGAGCCCCGGGGGUGGGGCAGGAGGGAGGGACAAGGACCCGCAGCGCCCCCCUCCAGCUCGGGCCCCCACCGCACACCCGCAGCAGCGCUGAGGACUGGCGCCCCCCACCCUGCACGGCCCGGGAGGGGGGCUGGAGGGACAGGAGCCCAGGCGCUGGCUGUGCCGGGCUGUCCGCCACUACGACGGUGCUGCCGCUUCUUCCUCCGCGGGAAGGUCGUGGAACCCGGCCUCACCCCAGCCCCCCACCCGCCGACGACC